CUUCCGCCGGAAGUGCUUGAGAGGCCGGCGGCGGCGGCGGCGGUGAAGGCAGCCGAGACAGCAGCAGCCAUGAACAUCCGGAACGCGCGGCCUGAGGACCUGAUGAAUAUGCAGCACUGCAACCUGCUCUGCCUGCCGGAGAACUACCAGAUGAAGUAUUACUUCUACCAUGGGCUCUCCUGGCCUCAACUCUCCUACAUCGCAGAGGAUGAGAAUGGGAAGAUCGUUGGCUACGUCCUGGCCAAGAUGGAGGAGGAUCCUGAUGAUGUCCCCCACGGCCACAUCACCUCCCUGGCAGUGAAGAGGUCUCACCGGCGCCUGGGGCUGGCGCAGAAGCUGAUGGACCAAGCGUCCAGGGCCAUGAUCGAGAACUUCAACGCCAGAUAUGUCUCCCUCCACGUCAGGAAAAGCAACCGAGCGGCCUUGCACCUCUACUCCAACACCCUCAACUUCCAAAUCAGUGAGGUGGAGCCCAAGUACUACGCGGAUGGGGAGGACGCCUAUGCCAUGAAGAGAGACCUCACCCAGAUGGCUGAGGAGCUCCGCAAGCAGCUGGAGCAGAAGGACCGCGGCCGCCCCCCGCCCCCCGCCGAGCCCCCCAGGGCUGGGGAGCUGGGGGUCGGGGGAGGGUGUGGUAUUGGGGGGACCCCCUCUCAGCCCUCCCAGAACCCCACCCUGCCCCCCCCGCCCCCCCCCGAGGAUGGGGGAGGGGACAGCAAGGACCUGAGCGAGGUCAGUGAGACCACCGAGAGCACCGACGUCAAGGACAGCUCCGAGGCCUCGGACUCGGCCUCAUAGGGACCCCCCCUCCCGGGACCCUCCCCCAGC